UCAAAUCAAGAGAAAAACUUUUAUGAUAAUAGCUUCUAUCAGUAAAAAUGGAAUACCCGAAUUAUUUGCAAUACCCCGAAUUAUAGCCACUUUAAUGGGAACCGUCAAUAACAUCAGCGCGUGUGUAUCUGACGUCUCAAGUGAUUUCAUAGAUUGAAUUGCUACUGUUUUUGGUGCGGGUUUCACUGACUUCGCAAUGACUUUUAAUCGAGGGCAUGGACGGAGCCAUAAAUUAUAUGACAUUAUCUUCUAUAAUUAAGGCAUUAUAUAGAUUCUGCGAUUAGAACGAUUCUGAAGUGGCGAAUCCAGUAAUAGAUGUUUCCUAUCGCUCGACGCACAGCAAAAUAUAAUUUGCGACCUUUUCUCUGAACGAUUUGAGAAAUAAAAUCAGACGGAAAUUAUUUCGAUUAAACCAAGACAAAGACACAUUCUAUAAGCCAGAAUAAUGGGAAAUACUAUAAACCAAUUGGCCGAUAAAACGACUCUUGAAUAUUUUAAUUAACUGGGGGUACCGAUAUGACAAUCUGAAACUGAAUCAGUGGUCUAGUCUUUACCUCAUAUAUAAGGUGAGUCCCCACCGAGAUCCAAGCAAAAACCAUUUCAAACAUGAGGAGUAUUAUUCUAGUUUUUGCCCUGGCUCUGGCAGCUGUUUCAGCUGUGCCCCUGCAGGAGGGUCAGGAGGUCGCUCUCCAGGAUAUCUUCAAAGAAUUUGGCCUAGAGCUUGACAUGAAAUUCGACACGGACCUGGAACUGAACUUGGAGAAGCUGUUGGCUGAGGAUGACAACGUCGAGGCUGGAGAGUUUGGCUUUGGUAACCGAAUUGUAAGCUUCUUCAUUGGCGAAGCAAAGGCCCUAGCCAAGGACAUUGUCAAGCUGGCGGAGCGUGAGCUUUUGAAUAUCUUCCUGUACCCAGUGAGGGAGCUGGAGAAGCUGGCGGAGGACAUCGAGAGGCGGGCAACGGAAGCAGAAGGCUGUGCUAUCGAUGUGACCAGCAGUGUGGCCGAUAUCGUUGAAUCAACCACUGUGGACUUCCUGAGCUGCGGACGCAAUGCCGCUGUCACCUCAAUUGAUCUGUGUUUGGACACCAAGAAGGCUGUACUCCAACUGACCGUUGAUGGCUAUCAGCUCCUCAAGCAAAGACGCAAAUGCAAUAAUAUGAACAGUACCGGCAUUCGGUACACAACAUGCAAAUCGGUGUAUUAUGCCAAAUUGUCUUUGUUCAUCUUAAAUGGCCAGGCAUCGCUGCGUCAUUUGAUCGCACUUAGGAAAACCGUUCCAGCCGUGGCUACCGAUGCCACUGCCUGCACAAACCAGGCCACGCAGAACGCUGUGCAGAGAUUCAAUGACAUCAACGCCACCAUUGAUACCUGUAUAGCCAACAUUUUUUAAAUGAAAUUGUGAAUAAAUUAUACAAAUGCACUUGAA